AGGCCUUCAUUCAAGACGAAAACCAUAUAUAUAUAUAAAUCACACACACAUAUAUAGAUGUUAUCGUUAAUGUCCCCAUACGCCUUCUUUGGACGUGGACACCACUUUCCAAUCACCGUGCGAGUAGUCAGCGGGUCGCACAUUAACAACACUAACGCGCUAUUAAAGCGCGUCCAGAAUCGUUGUUCAACGCGCUAUAGACAAGUUUGCCCUAAUCGCCUGCGAAACUCGAUCUCUCUCUCCUCUCUCUGUAACUUUCGAUCUUCUAAUUCGAGUCGGAUUCGGUUUGUCGACGAUCGGUUGAUUUUCAGAUCCUCGUUUGAGUAGAUUUUCAGAUCCUCGUUUGAGUAGAUUUUCAGUUCUUCUUCGUUAUCUGCCAAAGAAGGUUUAGAUUUGUUGAGAAAUGGAACCUAUGGACAUCGUCGGGAAGGCGAAAGAGGAUGCUUCGCUUCCAAAAGCUACUAUGACUAAGAUAAUCAAGGAGAUGUUGCCUCCAGAUGUUCGUGUUGCAAGAGAUGCUCAAGAUCUUUUAAUCGAGUGUUGUGUAGAGUUUAUAAACCUUAUUUCAUCGGAAUCGAAUGAAGUUUGUAACAGAGAAGAGAAGAGAACAAUUGCACCAGAGCAUGUACUCAAGGCUUUAGAGGUUCUUGGUUUUGGGGAAUACAUUGAAGAGGUCUACGCUGCAUACGAACAACACAAACUUGAGACUAUGGACACCAUAAGGGGUGGGAAGUUGAGCAAUGUAGCUGAAAUGACCGAGGAAGAAGCAUUGGCUGAGCAGCAGAGGAUGUUUGCAGAGGCACGUGCAAGAAUGAAUGGUACAGCCACGGUCCCCAAACAGUCGGACCCCGAACCGCGUUUGGAUAGUUAAAUUCAAGACCUUUACUCUCUAGUCUUUUGAACCGUAUGCAAGCAUUCUCUACUUCUGUGCUGCUUCCUCUUAUUUCUGUACAAAAGCCCUUGCUAGUUACAUGACAUUUCUAGAUUUGGAUUUUUUUAUACUGAAGUUUCUAGAUUUGGAUUUAGUUUGUACUCUUUGAAUCAUGUCUAUAUGUUUUACUGUAAUUAGUGAGAGUUUGUCCAAA